UGCGUUUUUGUUAAAGCACAUACGAUUGGUUAAUUUCAACUCAUGCGCCAUUUUUCUGCAUGUUCAAUAACAACACUUUAAAUGGCAGACGAAGAAAAAGAUUCGAAAUCAGGAAACGAAAAGCCUGAAACCGAUGCUUCGGAAGGCAAAGAAACUAAAAAGGUAGCAGAAGAUGAUGAGACCAAGAAAGAAACACAGAAUCCUAAAAAGGAUGAAAAAAAUUCCAAAAAAGAUAGUAAAAGUCUAAAGAAAGAGGAGAAGCCUAAAAAGGCAGUUAAAAAAGUGGAGAAAAAAGAAGAAAAGGAUACCAAAGAAGAGGAUACAGAAGAAAAAGAAGAUGAUGAGUCUGAGGAGGAGGAGGAAGAAUUGCCACCUGGAUUGCUUGAAGUUCCAUUAGUCGUAGAAGGCAAACGUGAAAAAAAGAAAGUUGAGAGACUUUCAGCAACUAUGAUGGUCGCUCCUCAAGAAAAGAAAAAAGUUGAAUUUGAAGAAGGCUCUGGGGUUAAACUCGGGGAUAUUCCAUACAUUGAGUAUCAGAUUAAUUCAGCAAAAGCUAUAGAUUUAAAGCCCUUGCACAGGGUGCUGUUCCUACGCCCUGGUACCAACAUGAUUAUCAAGAAAAAUAUUAAACAGUUUUCUGGAUUUUCACAUUCAAAAGACUCUAAAGAACAUGAAAAGAGGAUGUCAGUCUUGAAUAAGAUGGUCAUAAUGGAGCUCAAAUUCAUCUGUAUAGUGUUGGGUUUGGAGAGAAGUGGCACAAAACCAAAUCUUGUCGAUAGAAUAGAGGAAUUCUUGAUGGAACCUAAAGAUAAUGGUCUAAAAGUCAAAGAAAAAAAAUCUUCAAAGUCUGGUAGUAAAAAGAAAGGCACUAAAAGAAAAAGGACAUCCAAAGGAUCUGCAAAGAAAGAGAAGGAAGAUAAAGAUGAGUCCGGUUCAGGAGAAGAUGAGGAUGCUGAUGAAGAUGAUCAGGAAGAAGAAAAAGAGGAGGAGGAAGAAGAAGAGGAGGAAGAAAGUGAAGAAGAGGCUCCCAAGAAGAAGAAAGCAAAGGCAGAACCUAAGAAGACACCAGCUAAAAAGGUGAGCAAAGAAAAUGGCAAGAAAGAAAAAGGAAAGAAAGAAACAAAGAAGCCAGCUGCCAAGAAAAAGAUUGUGUCUGAUGACUUGUCAGAUAGUUUGUCUGCAGAUUCUGAAGACGAACCAAUAGCUAAAAUUGCUAAAAACUCUCCACCUUCUAAUGAUGAGAUCAAAGAACUAGUAAAGAAAAUAUUAGAUGGUGCAGACCUGGAAACUGUGACCAUGAAAACAGUGGUAAAACAGGUUUACGCCAAAUACCCUUCAUUUGACUUGUCUGAUCGUAAAGAUUUCAUCAAGGAUACUGUGAGAGAGGUGAUUUCAUGAGGGUUGUCUCCAUAUUUUUAAUUAGGCAGCUGUGUAUGAGGAUGUAUGUGUGAGAAACAGGUGGCCUCUGUUUAAUGUGUGAAUGUUCAAUUUUUUUUUUAUGUAGAAUUUUUAUCAGCUACGCCCUUUAGUAUCUUACUUGUGCCUUCCCCAAAACAAAAUUUUUAAAAAUAAAUUAAUUUAUAGUGAAGCAAAUUUUAUUAUCAGCGGAAUUAAAUUUUAAUCUUGAGAGUUUAUUUCUACACAAUGAAAAAUUAAAACUGUACAUGAUAUUUCUACCGUACUAUAUUCUGGUUGUAAAUAUGUUUGUAUUGUGGGAUAGGCAGGCAGGUGUAUGUAUAUAGUUCAUUUGUAACCUACUUCAUCUAUAACCAUUUGGUCUGUUUGCAUUUAUGUUUCAAUUUUAAACAUAUUUUCCCCAGUCAUGUUACAAAACCAUAAACCACUUUUAUAUUGAUUUUAAAAAAAAUAAUACAAAUACAAUUAGGUAAUAAAUUGUUUUAAAAAUAUUUAUCUUGCAAGUUGUAUUUAGUUUAUAAAAUAGUCAAUGUUUAUAAUACAAAUCACACAUGUAAAAAUAGUGUUUUUGUUUUUUUCAUUCCCAUAUAGUGGAUCAGAUAAAAUACUGUUUGAUGUUCAGUACUUUUAGGUGUCAUGAGUUUGUGUAUUUUUUUGUUAAAAAGGAACAAUUUUAUAAAAAAACAACAGUGUGUUCACAUUUUUUAUUACUAUAUGUUGAUGUAUGUUGACACAGAUGAAUCUUGUUUUAAUUACGCCAUAUAAAUUAUAUUGCUGUUGAAGAUCUCUUGUUUUGUGUACAAGCAUAUUAAUUGUAAUAAAAGUUUUAAGCUCC